AAACGAAACACUUGCUUCCGUUUAGGUGUAAAUUAAUAGUAAUUAAUAUUAAAUUAAUUUAUGUCUACCUAAUUAUGAUGCUUGGCUAAUCUUGAAAUUGUUCUCAACAAAGUUUUACUAAAGUUUUACUUAUUAUUUAUUUAACUAAAUUGUGUUGAAUCUAUAAUUUAUCUUAUGUCACAAAACCAUAAAAUAGAAGGAGAGCAAGAUCAUGGACAACUACAGAUUCAGCACAGUGGACUACAUCGUGCUGCUGGGCAUGACGCUGUUAUCCACGGGAACGGGAUUAUACUUCGGUGGCUUCAAGAAAAAACCGAAAACCCUGACAAGCACUUCCGAAGACACCCGAAAGACGAAUUUCGGAUCAGAGAAGAUAGACGAGUAUCUUAUUGGUUCGCGAAAUAUGAAAGUGAUCCCAGUAUCCAUAAGUCUUAUAGGCAGCUUCGUAUCGGGGGUUACCAUCAUUGGCACUCCCUCUGAGAUUUACUAUUAUGGCACCCAGUAUUCCCUCAUUAUCGUAGCCAUUAUUCUUCAAGGAUUUGCCUUAUCCUAUGUCUACUUGCCCGUGUACUCGGCUCUGCAAAUUGGAUCUGCAUACGAGUACUUGGGAAUGCGAUUCAACUCGAGCAUAAGGACCGCAGCAUCUUUCAUUUAUGUUUUUAGUGUACUUAUUUACUUGCCAUUCGUUGUGUAUGUUCCGGCGUUAUCGUUAAAUCAGGUUUCUGGCAUUAAUACCCACCUGAUUGGACUGGUCAUCAUAAUUGCUUGCGUUACUUACACAUUUAUGGGUGGUCUUAAGGCUGUGGUCCACACGGAUGUUUGGCAGGUGGCUGUCAUGUUUCUCUCCAUGGUUGCGGUGGCCGUUCUAUCCAUAUACUACUCCGAUGGCUUGGGAGCUAUUUUCUCCGACGCGGAACAGGGAGGACGAUUGAUGUGGGCCAAUUUGAAUCCGUCUCCCUAUGUUCGCUAUACACUCUGGAGCAUUCUCACCGGCGGCUUCUCAUAUUGGACCUCUGUUAAUGCCGUGGGUCAGCACAUGGUACAGCGAUAUAUGUCACUGCCUUCACUAAAGAAAUCGCGACACGCUUCAUUCCUCUUCACCAUUGGAGUGUGUAUCUUCGUCGCUCUUUGUUGCUUUAUGGGACUGGUACUUUUUUCGAAAUACAAGGACUGCGAUCCUCGGAGUGCUGGAAUGAUUUCGAAUGACGAUCAACUGUUGCCCUUGUAUGUGGUUCAAAACGUGGGGCAUAUUCCCGGAAUGCCUGGUUUGUUUAUUGCUGGAAUAUUCGGAGCCGGUCUCAGUUCACUUUCCUCGUGUUUCAACACUCUUGCACUGGUCUUCCUUGAAGACGUAGUUCGCGGAUUCUUCAAGAUGGAGCCCAGCGAGAAGGAGUCCACGAUUCUGAUUAAAACCUGCAUUAUUUUCCAGGGAGUCAUUGCAUUUUUGCUAGUAUUCUUACUACAGCACAUGAGAGGCAUUUUGAGUGUCUGCAACUCGAUAUCCUCGAUCACGGCAGGCACUUCUUUUGGAAUAUUCACGUUAGGAAUGCUGUUCCCGUGGGCAAAUACCAUUGGCACAGCGGUGGGUGCAAUAGCUAGUGUCCUACUGGCAGGAUGGGCUUCAUUUGGAUCGCAGAUCGCCGCAGCAUCGGGUCAACUGCAGUCUCAAAUGCUUCCCGUUUCCGUGGACGGAUGUGUGGGAAAUGUGACUCAACCCGAGGAGACUUGGGUGGAUGAGGAUGAAGUGUUUCCAUUAUACCGUCUAUCUUACCAUUGGGUUAGUCCCAUUGGAAUCGUCACAGUAUUGGUGGUGGGAGCAUUAGUAUCCUUGAUAACUAAGCCCACUGAUAUCAAGACGCUUCAUGCCGACGUAUUAUCCCCAGUGAUCCAUAGAUUUCUCCCAAGAGAAUGCUUCAGAGGUCGCAAUUUAAAUGAGAGGACUGAAGAGCUAACCCGUUUAAAUAAAUAAAGUUAAGUUUUUAAGUUGAACGUGGGAUAUGAUAAGAUACAUAUUUAUGUGGCACGUAAUUAAAGGCUUAAAUUUGAAUGUUAU